AUGCUGUUGGUUCAGGACGGAUUUGAACCACACAGUACCUCGAACUCGGGCACGCGCCUCGAUACUAGCCCUGGCGAUCCAGUUGUUCUUGUCAAUAGUAUUUCCGCGGCAGACUUUGACCUUUCGCGGGAUCAAGAGACCAAUAACUUGCCAAUGAAUGCUCCGAAUUCGAUCACCAUAGAUGCAAUAGAAGCUGCUUUUCCAAACGAGCCAAUCAUGAUGGACGAGAGCUGGGGGUAUCCAAUUCCUCAGUUCUUAGAAGGCUUUGACUGGCAACUUCCUACAUUAGGCGUUGAGAAUUGGCUGGAAGAUGUCGAGGGUUUCUCCCUGGAGAACGAAAAUUGGUCCCACAAUCCACUGUUCGCUGAAAUAGACAGUACUUCUCAAAUGGACGUGGCGAUCACCAUGAUGAGAGACUUCUUUCAACGCCGCUCGAGGGCACCGAGUCCAAUGAGGGAGGAACCGAGACAGCUAUGGAAUCAAUGGUACUCUGCUCCUCCACAUCUUCAAAUUUAUGACGAAGAAGUCAUCAACAUUCUCCUUAAUCUAGCUAGGACUCAUCUUUCCAGUACCUUCGCCAUAUUUUCUGACUUUGAGGUCUUGCCAGACACGAAAGAAGAGCUUUGCCUUGCGAUGGCUGCUGUUGGAGGCCUCUUCUGUACUGUCUCAGAAAGUGCCAAAGUGGCUAGGAAACUCUACAAUGAUGCUAGAAGAAUGCAACUCGAAGCAAUGAUUCCACCAAAGCCCACCUAUUUCCGAGCAGCCAUGGAUAGAGCUAAAACCUCGAUCCUUCUCGAGAUAUACGGAAUUUGUAGUGGAGAUAAGCGAAGCUAUGAGCUUACUGAAGCUUAUCAUUCAGAGACUCUGCGCACGAUACGGUCGUGUUGGCUAGCUGCAUUCGACGGAAAUUCUGCUGAGCGAGAAAGCCAGCUGCAGCUUCUGUCACGGGCUGCUCAUGUUCUAGACAGCUACCGUGUACUUCUUCUUCUACGUGCACCUUCUUUCUUCGAAGCCACGCUUGCUAACGGCCACCUUGGAGACCAUGAUAACGAGUCGUUUCAAAGGUCAACAAGCCAUCUACGGUUCCUAAUGAGCCCUAGCUGCGUCAACGGCGAGACAUCGAGCAGUCUGGAGACCCUCGCAGAAAUAAGCUCAUAUACCUGGGCUUUGUGUCCUCACGGAUUAGCCCAUCCCAGUGAACAGCUUCUGUGGAAGCAUGAUUUCAUUGAGUUAGGGCUUGAGAGAUGGAACCAAUCAAGGAUGAUGAAUGCCGAGUUUCCGACGCAGACACAUUUUGCAACAAUGUUGCUUUAUCAUUUAACUCAUAUCAACCUUCACUCAAAUUUGAGAAUUCUCCAACGCUCCGCCAAAGAUUUCAUAGAUUCGGCGAACAGCCCAGAACCGGGAAAGGUUUCCCACUCCAUUGCCACUUGGACAUCUACUUCGCAUUUUGACGUUGCAUCUUGGCAUUCCGAAGCUAUCCAGAGCCUUGUUAGGGAGGCUAUGUCAACGGCACGUCGGCGCACUCAAUUCCACGCAGACAAGUCACACCUUCUUGAGUCUCCUCAUCUCCCAUUCUGCAUCUACUUCUCUACCCUAGUUCUGUGGUAUGGAGCGGGAGGCAAGUCUGGCUCGGACGCUUCUGGCGACGUUGUCAUCGAUAACGGCAGUCAACUACUUCUCGCUUUGAAAGUAAAGGUGGCAAAGCACCUUGCCAGUGCGCUCAAUGACCUUUUGUCUGACCACAGCAAAUAG